AAAGUGGAGGAGCCCGGGGAUAAGCCCUCUGCAGAGCCGCGGUGUCCGUGCAGGGGCCAGGUGUCAGGAGACUAUUUCCUCGGACGCGUGCCCCGGGACUGGCCCGGGCUCGGGUCGGGGCAGGCGGGGCGGGGCGGGGCGUGGGCGGCGCUCCGGUGGGCGCGGCGGAGCCAGCCGGGGCGGGGGCGCGGCGCACCUUGCUCCCGGCGCCCCCGCCCCGCGCCGCCGCCAGCCCCUCCCAGCGCGCCCGGCGCCCCCGCCCGCCAGAGACGGUUCCUGCCCCUUCCGUCCGCCCGGCUCCGCCGCUGUCCUCCGCCGGCCCGCGUGGGAGGACGAUGGGUCAGCGCGGAAAAAGUGAAUGAGGGCGGCAGCGGUGGCGGCCGCAGCCAGCGCCUAACUCGCGGGGCCCGAUCACCGCCAGUGCCCCAGCCCCCGGCACCAUGGACGCGUCGCGCGCCUCGGCCGCCAAGCCCCCGACCGGGGAACACAUAUUCUCACUGUAUCAUCCAUGCUGGAGUGCAAUGGUGCAAUCUCAGCUCACUGCAACUUCCGCCUCCUGGGUUCAAGUGACUCUACUCCCUCAGCCUCCCAAGUAUCGGGGAUUACAGCCUGUAUGAGAACAGAGAGAUCAACUGGCACUAAAAUAUUUGGAACUGAUGUGCUUGGACUCAGCUUGCCAGCCACGUACCACGGUUUGGUGCAGAUCUGGAGGAAGAUGAAGGCCCGUGCUCCCCCACCUCCCGGAAAGGCUGCCACUCUGCAGGUGCACAGUGACCAGAAGCCCUCCCACGACGGGGCCCUCGGGUCACAGCAGAACCUGGUCCGCAUGAAGGAGGCACUGAGGGACAGCACCGUGGAUGUCACCGUGGUCCUGCCCAGCGGGCUGGAGAAGAGGAGCGUGCUCAACGGGAGCCAUGCAAUGAUGGACCUACUGGUUGAACUUUGCCUUCAGAACCACCUGAAUCCAUCCCACCACGCUCUUGAAAUUCGGUCUUCAGAAACCCAACAGCCUUUGAGUUUUAAGCCAAAUACUUUGAUUGGGACCCUGAAUGUGCAUACUGUGUUUCUGAAAGAAAAAGUUCCUGAAGAGAAGCUUAAGCCUGGUCCCCCCAAGGUGCCUGAGAAAUCUGUGCGUUUGGUUGUCAAUUACCUGCGGACACAAAAAGCUCUUGUGCGUGUGAGCCCUGAGGUUCCUCUCCAGAAUAUUCUCCCAGUCAUUUGUGCAAAGUGCGAGGUCAGCCCAGAGCACGUGGUUCUCCUCAGGGACAACAUUGCCGGGGAGGAGCUGGAGCUGUCCAAGUCCCUGAACGAGCUCGGGAUAAAGGAGCUCUACGCGUGGGACAACAGAAGAGAAACCUUUAGAAAAUCAUCACUUGGCAAUGAUGAGACAGAUAAAGAGAAGAAAAAAUUUCUGGGAUUUUUCAAAGUUAAUAAAAGAAGCAAUAGUAAGGGCUGUUUAACGACACCCAACUCCCCAUCCAUGUACUCACGUUCCAUUACGUUGGGUCCAUCCCUCUCUCUGGGCAGCAUCUCAGGGGUGUCCAUGAAGUCGGAGAUGAAGAAGCGCCGAGCCCCUCCGCCUCCAGGUUCAGGGCCACCUGUGCAAGACAAGGCGUCAGAAAAGGUAUCUCUGGGGUCACAGAUGGAUUUACAGAAGAAGAAGCGGCGAGCACCAGCUCCCCCUCCACCACAGCCACCACCACCAAGUCCCCUGAUCCCCAGCCGCACUGAGGAUAAGGAAGAGAACAGGAAGAGCAAGAUGGUUUAUUGCUGUGCGUCAUUCCCCACUCAGGCCAAGCGCUUCUGAAGGACUGGCUUCUUCCUGACCUCGGACCUUUCCUGGUGUCUCUUCUGCCCUGGCUCUGAUUUUCCUGUUGUUCUUCCUCCUUUCAGGAUAAAAGGGCUCAUUGUACACCCAUGAUUUACUUCCGUUGAUAUUUACAUAUAAAUGCAUAAAUAACGGAUUUGUUUGACUGAGGUUUAUAUUUUUUUGAAGAGGUAAAGACUUUCAUAUGCAAAUUCUAGGUUGAUAAUAUUCACUUGCCUGAAAUUCACUGAUACUUGGAACUGUUCUUAUGAAGAACUCUGCUUUAUUUUAAUUCAUUGUUCUUAUUUUUCUUAUUGGAUAUGCUAUUCCAGAAUUUAUUACUCAUUUUUCUUAAAACUAGAUUGCGUCCACAAAUUGACCAGUAUAGUCAAUUUGGACAGAAUUGAAACAUUCUGUCUACCUGGUAAAACUAAGUGCCGAAAAACAUGAACUAUAAAUGUAGUUAGUAGGAACUCACACCUUGUAUGUACUAUCCAUUCAGUGAUAUGUAGGACCCAACGUUUUUGUGUUUUUGAAGUUUUCCCAUUACUGUGUACUUCACCAUUUUACAUGGUCUACUAAAAAGAAAAAAGGGGGAAGAAGGGUGUUCUAUUCAUUAUUCUGUUAUUAUUCUCUUCAUUAUUCUACUCUGUUCAUUAUUCACUCAUUUUCCUCCCAUUUAUUCUCUAGACACAAUACUUACUUGGCGCUAGAUAUGAUACCAGUUUUGUGGGCUGUAAGAGUGAGUAACAAGCACAUGACCUCUGGUCUUGGAUUUUACUACCUGUGGCUCCCCAGGCACAUGAAAAGAAGUAAAGAUGGUUCCAUUUUAUAAUUACUAGUCUUGAGGGUGUACACGUGAUCAAGAUGCCAGAGGGUGUGACUGCCAGGUCUGUGCAAGGUGCUGCCAGCGUCUGAGUGUGAGGUCCCUCUGCGGUCGCGCAAACUCACGCAGUUAUGAAGAGCUAGUCACCUCAACCGCAUUGUCCCAAGACAGGCAGUAAAAAUAGUCAUAUGUUAAAAUUCAGGGUUUAGAUAAAAAGACAACUAGCACUUGCUUGCUUUGAUGAAAUUUUAUUAUGCAGAUGCAUUUGAACUGGAGAAGCUUGUCAUGUUUCUCUCUAAAAGAUGUUUUUAAAUGUUAUCACUCAAAGUGGAAAAAAAAAAGAAUCAGUAAGUAUUUCUGACAUAUAGGACUGUUGUCUGGCUGAUCACAAUGAAAAUGUUAGCUAUGACUAAUGAAGGAAUUACCACAGCUUACAUUAGUAUUAAUAAUAAAGAAAUAUAAGCCAAAGCUAUAUGUAACCAAUGUCAAAAGUUACAGAAAUUACUCGCAAUGAAGUAUAGAACAAGUUAGAAAGGGCCUUUUUUUUUUUUUUUGCAUUGAAAUAAAGGACUUUUGUCUGAUAAGUAGCAGUCAUUUUGAUCUCAAAUCAUUAAGUGGGAAAAGUCUAAACAAGAAAAGAUAAUGUUACCUGAAUGCUGGGGAAAGCAUCAGGAUUUAUGGCCCAGACUUAAAGAUUGUAGAAGAUUGUAUAUAAUUAGAGUAAUAAGCAUUUGUGUAAGAAGUAGCGCUAUUAUGCUGAAGAAAGAUGGCCACAGAAAAUCUCUAAGCAAAUCCUUAGAGAGGGAAAAAUGAUACUGCUCAUAGAAUUAUUGGUUCAAGAGGCAGAAAAUAUGAUGCAAUAAGUAAAUCAAAUCCAUUAAAAAUAGAGGACAGAGGAAUAUGGUGGGGGAAACAAAUGCAAUAAGGCUAAGUCAGUUUACAUGGUGAACAGAAUUUGAACAUGGCUCCUCCAAUGUAUGUGAUCAUAAAGUUAUCCAAAGACAUGAGUGGUCGAUCUUUGACAAUAUCCUAGGGAUCUCCAUGACAGGUAGCCUAAUAAAGGCUAAAUUUGGAUAAAAUCAAGAGCUAUUUGAUGAACAAGUUUUGCAGAUUUACACGCGACUUGGCACUGUGCUGGCAUUAGAGCCUUCUAAGAAUCAGACAAAUUUAUUAGGUGAAACAUUUUUUCCCAAAGCACUUGCAUUUGAGAAAGUUUCUCAUUUCUGACUCAGCUCAGAUCCCAUUCCUUGUUGUGGGUCAUUUCUUCUCCUUAUAAGCCGUGUCUGUUUCUUUUUUCCAUCAUGUCAUACAUGCUAUGCACAAAAGAUGAUAGCUCACGUUUUCUAACUAGAGACAUGCAGGCAAAUUGAUAGCAUGAAGAAUCCCUUGGGAAUAUCAAUCCCAUAGCAAAUGCUAAGGUAAAAGAAAAAACUAUGCAUUAUUUUUCAACUAUAGUUGGCUUAAAUUCUCAGUUUCACUCUAGAGACCGUGUUGCCAGUGGACAAUCGAGCAUGCUGUAAUUUCUAAACUGCAAGCUAGUUUACAUGAUAAUGUUUGCCAUCUCACUUCACUAGUACUUUUGACCUUUUCCUAUGAUUCUAAAAUUACUUUCUUGUAAAUAAAUACUCCUAGUUCUAUAGAUGAAACAAUUUGGAAAAAUCUUAAAACUGUUCACUCACUGACAUUUUAUUUUAGCACCCAUUAUAAUCCAUCACACAUCGCAUCUGUGUUUGUGAUGCUUAUCAACUGCUAAUUUUCACAGUUUUCAUGCUAAUUUGGAUCCAUAAUAUGAUAGUUUGUUCACAACUUCCACAGCUCAUGUAAUAUGAUUCAAAACGUUUUCACGUGCAGACUAACAUUUCCUAUAACAAAACAAACUUUUCUACCGUAGGGGUAAGAGUAUAUCUUCCAAAAAUUACAAGAGAAAGUGAGGGUCUUUCAAACAAGUAUUCAAAAUAGCUUGAAUCAUCAUAACCAGUUACAGAUUAUCCAGACCAAGGAAUUAAUCUAUGUACAGAGCACUUGCUUCCUCUGGCUUCUCUGAAUUUGUGUGGGGUGUGUGUGUGUGUGUGUGUGUGUGUGUGAACUGUUUCAUCCUUCAUACCCAAGGAAUGUGGAGCAGGAGAAAAACCCAAAAUAGCUUUUGCACCUUAUUAGUCACCAUGGUAAAAUGACAACAAGCAAACUUCAAACACUUCAGUGAAGACAGAGGUUCAAGUAUUAAAAAAAAAUGAAGCUCAGGAGUUGUCUGUAUAUUUUUGGUUUCUAUGCUUUAUUUGUCACUGAUAGCAACGCAUAAUUGGUAACCCUUUGGCCGAAUUACUCCCCUCACUGAAAGUUUUGUGAUUUGAAUUUACAGUUACUUCUGUGUUUAUUUUAUUCUUAAAUGCUUCAUAUUCUAACCCUUCUUUUUCCUUCUUAGUAAGAAAAUAACAAAUUUGUAUUACUACGAAUGAAGCUACAUAAAAGAAGGCUUUAUCUGAGUAUAUUUUUCAGUAAAGGAAAAAAAGAAGAAAACCCCCAAGAGAUUAGAUCUAUUGAGAUUAUUUAGACUGGACACUGUUUCCUGGUUGAUAAAUCUGCUACAGGGCUUCAGGGCGGGAAGUGAGGAGAAAAAAUAAGCAAAACAUAAAACCUUAACGCAAACAGAAUAGCCAAUAUAUAUCAUGUUUCUUUGGCACUUAAGGGACAAGAGUUAAAGAGCAGAUGCAUCCUUUCCUUGUAUGUUUUGUGUGAAUAAGAAGUGGUCAGGAGGAGUAUAAAGACAUUCUGAAUCGCACAAGUCAUCAACCACAGGAUGGAAAUGGAUGGCCGAUUGCCACAUCUAGCCCACACAUGCAUCCUCUCUCUGCCAGGUGAAGUUGCCAGUAUUAAAAGUCAAAUUUGGCUUGAAAUUCUGGUUCUUCCUGGAAUGUGUAAAGAGCCUUCCCAAAGGGCUCACAUCCUUCAAGUAAGUCGUGCGCACAGCUUGGCAGCAGGUGCUCCCUGAGCACAGGCCAGCACUUGCCAUACACCACGGACCCCAUCAGUCCCACAGCUGACACUCAGGCUAAGAAUCCAGUAUUUUCAGGCUCAUGUUUUUGCAACAAGAAAUGUAUAGGGAAAGUGAUUACGUCCUAUAAUCAGGAGCCUGAGAGGACCAGAGAGGCAGAUGCAGCACAAGCUUACAGCGCCGCAAUUCCAACAAGAGAAGUGUAGGUAGUGGUGGAACCUCUGGUCUGUUUCUGCCUCAUUCCUGCAGCCUUCACUUGGCCCUUCUCUCUCAAUCAUUUCUCCCUCCCACCUGGUCUCUCAUAUGGGCAAACCCCGAAUCUGUACCCACAGCGGUGUGUUGGCAGAGCUGGGCAGGGAGUGCCCUGGAAGGCAGAUUUCCUUUUAUAUCUGCUGACUCUGUUCUGCCCCUUUACAUUGCUGUUGUCAUAUUAGCGAGGACUGGGUGCAGUCAGGCCGAGGGUGACGUUUUGAUCAGCUGGAACUGUCACUCACUGCACAAGUGGCCUACAUUUGGAGUCUUGAGGCUCCAUAGCAUAAAUCUUACGUGGAAGACUGAGUUACUUAAAUUGAGUAAAUACAAAAUAAUAGUAAAUGGUUAUGAAUUGAAACGUUUAGCUUCUAGUAGUGAAAUUACAAGUCUCCAUUUAACAUUGCAAGGUGAAGUGUAGGAAGAACAUUGAUGGGGAUUUGUGGGUUUUGUGCUAUUUUUUAUAUUUCACAGCUUUAUAGAAGUAUAACUGACACAAAAAAACCUGUAUAUGUACAAAGAAAGUGUAUAAUAUGAUCAGUUUUGACACAUAUACACCAUGAAACCAUCACCCACAAUCAAGGUAAUAAACACAUCCAUCACCCUCAAGUUUCCUUGCAUGCCGUUGUAAUUAUUUUUAAUCUGUGUAUGUGUGUAUACGUAUAUACAUACACAAAACAUGCACAUAACUAUACAUACUACAUUAUGACAGUAAUGUAAACCUAGUGGGCAAAGUUAGGAAAAUAUGGUUUUUAAUAACAAAUUCUAAAUUAAUUGAGAAGUAAAGGUCCUUCUAACUAACUGGGAAAUUGUCUAAAUGGAGAACAUUAAGUGUUAAAAUUGAUGACCCUAGUGAUAAAGCUGAGUAUUGAUCUGAGGAGAAAGAAAGCUGCUCACAGCAUUUUUAUAGUCAUCUGAAUGCAUCCUUUGUGAAAUGAAAAUGUGGGGAUGUGAGUGCAUAGUAUACAACCUAUGGAACUAUUUGUUCCCUAUCCAAAUUUUCAAGAGGAAACAAAAGAUAAUUUAUUCACUUAAUUUUCUCCUGCCAUGAGUGUGUUCUUUAAACCAUGUUUACCAAAGUAGCUGAGAGGUGGUCAACCCACCUCCUCUGUCGCUCCAGCCUGGCUUGAGAACGGCUGACCGAGAUUUCCAGCUCUAGCGAGGAGCCCAGCUGCAUGGCUGGGGCUGGGCAGGGGCAGGCACCAGGGAAGCUUCUGUCGUGGGCUCCACUGCAGUGGCGAGCUGCCCCCUGACCAUCACUCCCUCUGCCAGGUUAGCAAGCAGCCGAAGAGGCUGCUUAUUUAAGAGACAGGAGCUUCUUGGAUGACUUUACCCACACAUUUCAGCCACCAGGGGGAACCCUCAUUAUCCCAUUGAUGGCCAGAGUUGAAGGGAGUGGAAAGAAACAUACAAAAAAUUCACAUUUGCUGCAAUUAUGCCAAUAUUAUGUUGCAGCCAGUCACACAACAAUUUAGUGACAGUAAUUAUAGGACCGAGUUCUGUCAUUUACAAAGAGGGGAAAGUGAGUAGUCCAGUAACUUGCCAAAGAUCAAGAACCUAAUAAGGGUCUGUGGUCAGACGGCUGACUCCCCGUCCACUGUUAGUGUGACUAGUGGGUCUAAAAGGGAUGCAUGUGUUUGUGCAUCCAUGCAUGUGCACCAUGAUGCACGCAUAUCUACACUCAUACAUUCAUGUGCAUAGACAUGUGUACAUUCCCACACAACACAUGUACACACAUAGUGUAUCUUAAACAUCUAUCUGUACACACACACUGUGUACAAAAUAUGUGUGUAUAUAUACACAUGCCUACAGAGACGCCUGCACAUGGUAUAUACAUACUCAUGCAUGUAUAUAUUAAUGCAUACAGGCACAUCUAUACACAUUAUAACUUCUGUGCAAAUAUACAUACAUAACACGUGUUCACACAUACAUGCAUGUGUAGACACUGUGUGUGUGGUGCCUGCACGUGUGUGAAGAAAUGAGGCCAAGGACAGUAUGUGGCUAUAUUACCUUGUGGCUGCCAGUAUGCCCCCCACCCUCACCCCACCCCCCAUACAAUAUAUCUCUGAACCUGGGGCUUUGGUCCCUGACAGGUUUUGCAAGGAUUCUGAACUUGUCCACUUUGUCCUCCCAGAAAUUAUUGUCAGGCUUCUUCUUUGGUGCCUAAUUUAUGACUGGGAAGAGAUUUAAAGAUUAAAGAGAAUAUGGUCAAUUAAUUGUUUAAACGGAUAGUCUUCCAUAUUUAGAUAGGGCAGAAAUCAACCCUGUUAGUAAACUCGAGCCUCAUCUUUCAUCUCUGCCCUUGCACUUAGGUUUGCCUCCAUCUGGCUGUUUGUUAGCCAGGAGGCACCUUGCCACGAAGGAGGCUGCCUCUGCUUGGGUGCAGGCUGCACAUUGGGACUACAGGGCAGCUCAGCCAUGGAGGGGCAGAGGUCUUCGUCUUUGUGGGUUCGCUGCCAGUGACACGGGAGCAGGAAGUGAUGAUGGCUGAGUCAGCACCCCCUUCCCAUGCACUUUUCCUGGAGCAACCUUUAAUCUCUACCAUAGCCCUGUGAGGCCACUGCUAUUGUUAUCAUACUCACUUUACAAAUAAGAAAACGGCAGCACAGAGACGAUAAGGAACUUGUCUGCAACCAAAAGCAAGUUAAUAUUUAAGCCAGCACUUGAACCUUGCCAGUCUGGUCCCCAGCACCUGCUUAACUUCCACUAUCCCUCCUCCCUACUCUGUGUUCUGUUAUUCUAUGGGGAGGGCUGCAAGGCUCUAACCCCGCUCGGAUCUCCUGAGGAAGCCAUUCCCUGUGUCCGCAGUUGAAGGAGAAAGUGGAGGAGGUGGGUGUGCUGUUUGAGCUUUGUCCAAUGAUCUCAUGUACAAGCCCACCUGAACCAACAGCAAGUAUGGGGCUGCACAAAAAUACCAGGAAGGAGGGGCUCAAGUCCAGAGGAAGGGAGGUCAGAGGUCCCACAGAGACUGACAGUCACCAUGUGUGGGCCUCUCAAGCCACAGACACUGUACUGGACUUCAAUUACUUCAGUAUUUUCAUCACAGCCACGCAGUGCACUGGUGUGUUAGUCUGCUAGGGCUGCCAUGACAUACCACAGACUGGGAGGAAGUGAAUUCUCUCACUCUCCUGGAGGCUGGGAGUCCGAGAUCAAGGUGUUGGCAGAGUUGGUUUUCCUGAGGCCUCUCUCCUUGCCUUGCAGAUAGCCACCUUAUCCCUGGGUCUUCACCCAAUCUUCUCUUGUGUGUCUGUGUCCUAACUUUCCCUACUUGUGAGGACACCAGUCCUAUCGGAUGAGGCCUCCAUCCUAAUCAACAUCGUUUAAAAGACCUUAUCCUAAUAAGGUUAUCUUCAGAAGCGCUGGAGGUUCUGACUUCAACAUGUGAAUUUUUAGGGAACACAGUUCAGCCCCUAGCAGCUGAUGUGCAUUAUCCUGUGUGCCGAUGACGACAGAGGCUAGAAAGCUUCCAUUGUACCCAAUCGGAUGCACAGGGGAGACCCAGAAUCUAACUCCAGGGCUUCGCCCUGCUGGAUGCCUGAGUCCUGCUACCUUUCUGGCCAGCUGUGCUGAUUUUGCACAAGCUGGCUGCAGCGCACCCUGGCCCAACACAAUAUGCAAACCACCAUUCCUGAGUGCACUCGGCCUCUGCCCUAACUUUGAAUUCCCUCCGUGCUUCCACAGUUUAUGGAGCAGCUGCAGCUCUGAUAAGACUUCUGUGCUUGCUUCUGAAUACCCCAGCCCCGGGCAUGGCAAAGCCAAGAACCCUGUGGAUGAGUGAGGGCCGCAAUUCUUUACACAAUCUGAAAUCAAGUGUUCCUGUUUCGCUUCCCCCUCCCCAUUUCCCCAGGCACUGCUCAGCCUUCACUUAGGUCUUUCAAGCAUUUGUGAAUGCAUGUGCACACUUAGACACACAUACGCAGAACGUGUCUUGUGUCUUUCCCACUUCUGAAAUACUGGGGCUUGGGAGACAGUCCAUAAUCAGGUAACACUUGUUUUUCUCUAUCCUCUGUGUGCUUGUUAGAAUGCCGUGAAGGUGUUUUCUGUGAGCCGACUUCGAAAUGCUUCUCCUGAAAUCAGUGUUAUUCACACAGUUCUCAUGUGAUGAAUUCUGUCUGUCUGAAAGCUUGCCAUAUUGCCCCUGGUUUCUCCCAGCUAAUGGGGAGAAAAAUGAAGAAAAUGAGCCUGCAUAUGAACCCAUCACCACAGACCAUGCUGCAUCCUUUCCAGGCAGCAGGGCCCAGGAGACUCUGCUCAGGCCUGGCAGCCUCUGUGUUUGGCUUAUGCUUAUUUUGCUCAACCUGGGCAAGACUUUUAAAAUAGUUUGAAUAAGGCGCUGAAUCAGUUUGCUUUUUUAAAAUUGUGAUUUUUAAAAAAAUAAUAUAAGAUGUCCCAUUCCUUCCAUUUUCAAAUGCAUAGUUCAGUAGAUUUAAGUAUAUUCACUAUGCUGUGAAACAGAUCUCCAGGACCUCAUCAUCCUGCAAAGCUGACACUCUACUCACUGAAGAGCAACUCCCCUCUGCCCUCUCCCUAUGCUUCUCUUUUUGUGACUGGCUUAUUUCACUUAGCACAAUUUCCUCGAAGUUCAUCCAUGUUGUAGCAUAUAACAGAAAGCCCUUCCCUUUUAAGGCUAAGUAUCUUUCAAGUAUAUGUAUAGACCACAUUUUCUUCCUCUAUCCAUUGGCAGUGGGCAUUUAUGUUGUUUCCACCUUGUGGUUAUUGUGAAUGAUGGUGCAGUGAACAUGGAUAUGCAAAUAGCUCUUUGAGACUCUGCUUUCAUUUCUUGGGAAUAUAUACCCAGAAGUGGGAUUGCUGGUGAAUUAGCAUAU